AUGAACGGAGGGUACCUGGACAUCGACGCCAUCUUGGCGGAGGACGAGCGCAUCAAGUGCAAGUUCGAGACCGAUGCGCUGGACUGCGGGUAUCUGGAUCCGAGCUGCCGUGAGCCCGAUUUGUCGGAAGGCGCUGUAGUAGAGCUACCGCUGUGGCUGGCUCGACCGCUGGCAAAGCGCGGAGACGUAGUAGUUGAGCCACCACACUACCUAACCAAGCGCUUCCGCCGUAUGCUCAAGGCCGGUCCGUCGUCCGUGAACCUUCGCGAGUUUUCAAGCUAUGUGAUGGACGUGGGGCGACAGCUUCUGCCUUAUGUGACGGACGAGGAGCAGCGCGAGAUCGGCGAGAUCCUGCGCCUCUGCUUCGGCGGUGAGCGCUACCGUGACCUCCUAAACAACGCCAUGAGCUCGCUGGACGAGGACACGACCGAGUUCACGCGUAAACUCACCCAGGAUGAGAAGAAGCUCUUCGACGCCGGCACCCGCGACGCCAAGGACUUUAUCCAGUGGAAAGGACGCAACGCCGAGACGAUUACUGCCGCCAACGUCGUCGAGCGCUCGCUCAAGAAGCGCAAGUUCCGAGCGUAG